AUGACAGCCGCUGCAACGAUCGCCCGCCCGAACGGCGAGACCCUGCGCGGUAAACAGAAAGAAAAGGACGUGCGUAUGUCCAACAUUAUCGCUGCCAAAGCGAUCGCGAACGCUAUUCGCACGAGUCUGGGACCGCGUGGCAUGGACAAGAUGAUCCAGCAGAGUAAUGGAGAGGUAAUUAUAUCGAACGAUGGCGCCACAAUUUUGAGCCAGAUGCAGGUGUACCACCCAACAGCCAAGAUGCUUGUGGAUCUGUCUAAGUCCCAGGAUAUUGAGGCUGGAGACGGCACUACUAGCGUUUGUGUCAUUGCUGGCGCAUUGCUCAGUGCCUGUGAAGACCUGCUCAUGAAGGGUAUUCACCCCACUAACAUCUCGAAGGCAUUCGGUCUCGCUGCUGUUAAGGCCGAGGAAAUCCUGACGGAGAUGUCUAAGCCCGUGGAGCUCGCCAACCGCGAGGAGCUCAUCAAUUGCGUCAACACAUCGCUGUCGUCCAAGGUCAUCUCCGAAUACGCGGACCGACUGUCUCCCAUUGCGGUAGACGCCGUGCUUAAUGUCAUCGACAUUGCCACAGCUACCAACGUCGACCUGAACACGGUGCGCGUGGUCAAACAACUCGGAGGCACGAUUGACGACUCGGAGCUCGUAGAAGGACUCGUGUUUAGCAAGGGCUUUGACAAGACAGCUACUGGAUCGGGCUCUACCACCAUUGAAAACGCCAAAAUUGCACUAAUUCAGUUCUGUCUUUCGGCGCCAAAAGCAGACAUGGAGAGUAAUGUAGUCAUCAAUGACUAUGCUGCGAUGGAUCGCAUUCUGCGUGAAGAGCGCAAGUACAUAUUGAACCUUUGCAAGAAGGUGAAAAAAUCAGGGGCUAAUGUGCUACUCAUCCAGAAGAGUAUCUUGCGUGACGCCACCAACGACUUGUCGCUGCAUUUCUUGGCCAAGAUGGGCAUUCGCGUCAUCACGGACAUUGAGCGCAAUGACAUUGAGCACAUUGCUACGACACUGGGAUGCCUGCCCGUGGCUAACAUCGAAUACUUGACUCCGGAAAAGCUGGGCACGGCAGGUCUAGUGCAGGAAGAGUCAGUGGGCGGCCACAAGGUUGUCAAGAUCACAGAGAUCAUCAACCCAGGAAAAACCAUGUCGAUCCUUGUGCGCGGUUCCAAUAAACUGGUUCUUGAGGAAGCCGGGCGAUCGCUACACGACGCUCUGUGUGUAGUCCGCUCGCUGGUCAAGAAACGCUUUUUGAUCUGCGGUGGCGGUGCUCCUGAGAUCCAGGUGGCCCAAAAGCUGUCUGCUUACGGCCGUACGCUGGAGGGCACGGCUAGUUACUGUUUGCAGUCCUUUGCCGAUGCGAUGGAAGUCAUACCGUACACACUCGCAGAGAACGCUGGCCUCCACCCGAUUGGAAUUGUCACGGAGCUGCGCGCUAAACACGCACAGGGGCACACGAGCACGGGCAUCAACGUGCGCAAGGGCGCUAUUGGUGAUAUGUAUGAGCUCAACGUGCUGCAGCCUCUCUUGGUGAGCACAAGUGAGAUCUCGCUGGCUACCGAGUGCGUGCGCAUGAUCCUCAAGAUUGACGACAUCGUGAUGGUCCGGUAA